AUGAGCAGCACUCGAAAGCUAUCUGCUUUGCACAGAGAAGUGCUGGCAAAAAGAGGAUUACCACCAAUAAAUGAAGACGGAACUAAUGUUGCAACUGGACAAAGUUAUAGAUCGACUCCAUCUACUAGUAGGGGAUCUCGUCGAGCACCUGCAGUAGAUUUGUCACCAUUAGGGUGGCACGAAUUUUUUGAUCAGAAACUUGAAUUGAAUAUAAAUGAUGGUGUUUUUUGUGUCUAUACAAAAGGUAACGCAGGACCAAUUUUUUAUAUGCUUCAUGGUGGUGGUUAUUCUGGUCUUACUUGGGCACCUCUGGCAGAACAGCUCUCUCUGCAUGUAAAAUGCCGAGUAGUAGCACCAGAUUUGCGAGGUCACGGUAAUACUACAACUGAAGAUGAUUUGAAUUUAUCCACUGAACGUCAGGUGGAAGAUAUUUUAGCUAUUCAUAAGAAAAUAUGUGAGAAUGAAGCGAUUCCCACAUUUAUGAUAGGACACAGUAUGGGUGGUGCCCUCGCAGUUCAUGUGACAGCUAGUGGUCGCAUAGAAAAUGUGGUUGGUCUUGCUGUGAUAGACGUUGUUGAAGGUACAGCAAUGGAAGCGCUGAAAACGAUGAAACAAUUUUUAAAAAAUCGACCACAAAAGUUUGGCAGCAUUGGUGCGGCAGUAGAAUGGUGCUAUAAAUCAGGAACAGCAAAAAAUGCUCGAGCUGCUCGUGUCUCUAUGCCUUCUCAAAUAAAAAAAAAUGGUGAUCUGUAUACAUGGAGAAUUGAUUUAUCUAAAACCGAACCACAUUGGGUUGGAUGGUUCCAAGGUCUCUCAAAUCUAUUUCUCAGUUGUCAUGCGCCAAAGCUUCUUGUUCUUGCAGGAAUCGACAGAUUAGAUACCGACUUAAUUGUUGGACAAAUGCAAGGCAAGUUUCAAGAAACAAUACUGCCAAAAGCGGGUCAUGCUGUUCAAGAAGAUUCCCCGGAGGAACUAGCUAACACUUUAGCAACUUUUGCUAUUCGAAAUCGAUUUUGUCAAACAUUAAAUUGA